AUUUCCCUGCGCUCAAGCCCCUCCCCUGGGCCGGACAUCCCCCGAGAGAGAGAGAGGGGCAGGCAGGUCGAGGCAGGCAAAAACCCUCAGAGAACCGCGCCCAGAGGGACCCAAGUUUCUUCCUGGCUCAGCGGCCGCCCUCGCCCAUGCUGCGCCGGCCGCGGGCCGCGAUGGCGGAGGAGGGCUCCUCCUGCCCCUGGCUACGCCUGCCCUGGGCAUCAGCGCUGCGCCCGCUUCUGCCACUGGCCCUCAUCGUGGCGGCGGUCUACGGCUUCCUCUACAGCCCGUGGCUGGCCAAGCAGCAGCAGCCACAGCAGCAGCCCGAGGCACCUUCGGAAAAGUCUCUGGGCAGCUCCGAGUUUUACGCUCAGGCUGUCUGGAAAGCUGGAGAGCGGCGGGGGGUUGGGGAGGCACAGAAGACAGACCCCCCUCCCCUCCCGGGCUGGCAUUUUCUUAGUUCUUUCAUUUUUGUUUUGUUUUUUUCAUCUCUCCGCACACACACACAGUGGGACAUUGCUGAGCUGCAGCUGAACCGCACAGCAGGUGCUCGCCAGGACCCCAGGCUGCGCUGGCAGGCUGGCCCGGCACUCGGCCGCUCCUUCCUGUUUGGACCGGAGCUGGAUGAUGGGCAACUGCGUAUCCAACGUGACGGCAUCUACCGGCUGCACAUCCAGGUCACGCUAGCUAACUGCUCCUGGAUAGGACCCACCCGGCCCCGCGGUGCCACUCUAGCCUUGAGCAUUUGCAAACCGGUCACCCACAGCAUCAGCCUCUUGCGCCUCCACUUCUCCCAGAGUUGCAGCGUCGUCUCCCAGCGCCUGACACCCCUGGCCCGUGGGGACCUGCUGUGCACCAACCUCACACUGCCCCUGGUACCCUCCCAAAACCCCGAUGAAACCUUCUUUGGUGUCCAGUGGGUGCACCCCUGA